CUCGCGCCCCGCAGAGCGGGUCUGGCGCUGGGAACGCCGCUCGCCCGCCCGCGGAGUCCGAUGGCGGCGGCCGCCCUGACGAACGCGGCCCAGAGCACGGUGACCAUCGAGGACGUGGCUGUGUACUUCUCCUGGGAGGAGUGGGAGCUCCUUGACGAGGCUCAGAGACACAUGUACCUCAGUGUGAUGCUGGACAACUUUGUCCUUGUGACCUCACUGGGUUGCUGGUGCGACAUAGAUAAUCAGGUUCCUUCUGAGCAGCAUGUUUCCGUGGAAAGACUGUCACACAUCUGGACUCCAACGCCGGACUUACUCACCCAGAAUGCCUAUCUCUGUGAAAUGUCUGACCCUGCCAUGGAAGAUAGGCAGUAUACAGCCGAGCACAAAGGAAGACGUGAUCAGAAAUUGUACACAUGCGAGAAACAAUUCUCUUUCAGCGCAAACCUUUAUCAGAACCAGGAGCACAGUGGGGAGAAAUCCCACAGUAAGGACUUACACCAGGUCUAUAUAAAAAAUAACUACAGCAUUCACGCACCAGGGAAGUCCUAUGUCUAUGGGGAGGCUGAGAACAACUUCCCGGACAACUUGGGCUUCCUUCAGCACCAGGCCUCUCCUGAGGAGGUCAAGCCACGCAGCGUCGCUGGUUCUGGUGGCAAAAGUCACAAAUGUGACGAGUGCGGGAAAGCCUUCCGCCGCAGACGCACGCUUGUUCAGCACCAGAAAAUCCACACUGGAGAGGGACUGUAUGAGUGCAGUGACUGCGGGAAAACCUUCACCUAUAAGCACACGUUUAUUCAGCAUAAGACAGUCCACACGGGGGAAAAGCCUUUUGAGUGCAGUGACUGUGAUAAAGCCUUCAGGUUCAAAUACAAGCUUGUUCAACACCAGCGUGUUCACACUGGAGAAAGGCCUUAUGAGUGUGCUGAAUGUGGAAGAGCUUUCGGGUGCAAAUCCAAGCUUGUGCGACAUCAGAGAAUCCACACAGGAGCAAAACCCUACGAAUGUGCCGAAUGCGGGAAGUCCUUCAGACACAGCUCCAGCCUUGUCCAGCACCGGCGAGUUCACACUGGGGAAAAGCCAUAUGAGUGUAGGGAAUGUGGGAAAACCUUCAGACAAAGGUCCAGUCUCAUUCAACACCAGAAAGUCCACACAGGAGUAAAGCCUUAUGAGUGUAGUGAGUGUGGGAAAUGCUUCCGUCAAAGCUUCAGCCUUAUUCUGCAUCAGAGAAUUCAUACUGGAGAACGGCCUUACGAGUGCAGUGAGUGUGGGAAGUCUUUUAGCAAAAACUGUAACCUCAUUCAGCAUCAGAAACUUCACACCAGAUAAAGGCCUCUUGACACAGCCAGUUCAGGUAGCAGUCUAUUCUGAUUCAGCAUCAGAGACCUCACGACCCCAGAAUUUCUUGAAUUCAGUGGAUAUGAGAAAGUCUUGUUCCGCACGAGGGAGUCCACCUAAGAUGACAGUCUCAGACCCUCAGAGAAUGUGCUGUUUGAUUGUUCAGCUGUGUGACGGAGUCUCCUGCCUGAAGUUGAACCUCAUUCAUCUGAGCAUCCACGGUAGGGAGGUGCCUCAUUAGUUCCAGGUAGGUGAGUUUGGGGGAGCCACGUUCUGCAUUUAACGUGCCCAUGAUCUUUCCCACGAUAGUCAUUCUGAAACCAUUGCACCUCUACCACUGAGUAUGUCCAUAUCUCAUUUACCACAGAUGUCUGUGCUCUCCCUCGUUCCCUGGACAAUAUUGUAGUCUUAAUUCCUUGCAGGGGGGUUUCCAUUCCCUUUCUUCUGACUGGUUUUGGGGCUUUCGCUUAUUGGUUUCAGUUAGUUUAAGACAGAAUCUUCUAUAUAGCCCAGGCUGUGCUCAAACUCACAGUCUGCCUGCCUUGGCCUCUCAGGUGCUGGCAUCACAGUCUGAGUCAGUGCACCGGGGUUCCUGGCUCCUCCUCUGACAGUUUCAGUGGAAUUUUUGAGCCUCUGAGUUAUAGACCUUGAAAAAC